AUGGGGAAGAGGUUUAAUAAUAGAACAAGUAGAAAUGUGGGAAAUGACCUUCUCAAUUUCCUAAGGGCUGUAGGCACCAAAACUGUGGUUCAGGUUUAUGAUCUGAUGUUUAAGGAACUUGUAUUUCUUUGGUUUCAUGGACCAAGAUUGUAUGCAAUGAUUAUGGGUGCGAGAAUCAAUCCAUGUUUCUUCCUUUCUGGUCUGUUUCUCUACGUCUCUCUCGACACCUGCCUCUCGAUAGGAACUGGCACCCUCUCGAUUGGUGAAUCUAUUUCUGGAGAUCAGACCAUUGUCUCUGAAGGAAAUGGGAACUUCGAAUUGGGUUUUUUCACUCCAGAUAACAAGUCUAAUAACUACUACAUCGGUAUCUGGUACCGAAAGAUAUCGGAGAGGACUGUCGUUUGGGUGGCAAACAGAGAUAAACCCCUCUCCGAUAAGAAUUACUCACAACUGAAGCUGUUGGAGAAUGGGAAUCUAGUCAUCCUCGACUCAAUGGACACCAUUAAUAUCUGGUCGACAAAUUUGAUCUCCACAUCUUCCUCAAAUUCUACGGAGGCAGCACUUCUUGAAUCUGGAAAUCUUGUUUUGAGAAAUGUCUCAAAUUCCUCUGAAUUGAUCUGGGAGAGCUUUGAUCAUCCAACCGAUACUUUGUUGCCCGGUGGAAAGUUUGGGCUCAACAAACUACGGGCAAAUACAUCCAGCGCUUCACCUCAUGGAAGAAUUCAAUGGAUCCCUCUCCGGGGUUCUACUCUAUCGAAAUUGAUCCUGAUGGAAUCAAUCGGUUUCAGUCCACGUAAAGCAACAGACUACUCAAAAAAUCUUAGUGAUUGGUCCGGUGGGUGUGUGAGGAAUACCCCACUGCAGUGUGUGGGCAAUGCUGCUUCUGUAAAGGGGGAGGAAGAAGAUGGGUUCUUAAAGAUGUCCAAUAUGAGAUUGCCCAUGAAUCCACAAUCUGUGGCAAUUGGGAGUUCCCUGCAGGCUUGUGAAGUGGCUUGCCUGAACAGCUGUUCUUGUAAUGCUUAUGCAUUUGAUGGUAACAACUGUUCCGUGUGGAAAGGAGAUCUCUUGAAUCUGGAGCAACUCUCAGAUGGUGACACUGGUAGAGGAGACCUAUAUCUCAAACUUGCAGCCUCUGAACUUUCCAAUUCGACUUCUUCUGGAGGAGGUAACAAAAAGGGAUCAGUUACUACUCGCGCUAUUGUGGGCGCUGUUUCAGGGGUUGUAGCCCUCUUGGGUCUUCUUGUGGUGCUGAUAUGGACGAAGCAAAGGAGGGAUUUAGUUGGAACUUUGAAGUUGGUUGAGGGUUAUUUGGUUCCAUUUUCGUACAGAGAUUUACGAAUUGCAACCAAGAGCUUCUCCCGAAAGCUUGGGAAAGGAGGAUUUGGUUCUGUUUUUAAAGGGACAUUGUCUGAGUCAACUAUUGUGCCGGUGAAGAAGCUUGAAGGCCUCAGUCAAGGAGAGAAGCAAUUCCGAGCUGAAGUAAGCACGAUUGGGAUGAUUCAACAUGUUAAUCUUGUUCGCCUCCGUGGUUUUUGCUGCCAAGGUACUGAAAGGUUGCUGGUCUACGAUUUUAUGCCUAAUGGCUCUUUAGAUUCCCAUCUGUUUCAUAAAAAAAAGGACUCAGGUGAUAAGGUUCUUCUAGACUGGAAAACAAGAUACCAAAUUGCACUUGGGACAGCUAGAGGAUUAGCUUAUUUGCAUGAGAAGUGCAGAGAAUGCAUCAUACACUGUGAUAUCAAACCGGAGAACAUUCUAUUGGAUGCUGAAUUCUGUCCCAAGGUGGCUGACUUUGGCCUGGCAAAGCUUCUUGGUCGCGAUUUCAGGCGGGUUCUGACUACCAUGAGAGGGACAAUUGGAUACCUUGCACCAGAGUGGAUUUCUGGUGUGGCCAUCACUGCAAAGGCUGAUGUUUACAGCUAUGGUAUGAUGCUAUUCGAGCUUAUAUCAGGGAAGAGAAACUCCAAUCAAUCUGCUAGCGAGAAGUUCAGGUUCUUUCCUAUCUGGGCAGCAAGCAAAAUCAAUGAAGAUGGAGAAAUCCUCAGCUUUUUGGACUACAGGCUAGAAGGUAAUGUUGAUCUUGCAGAACUCGAGACAGCUUGUAAAGUUGCUUCUUGGUGCAUCCAAGAUGACGAAGUUCAUAGACCAUCAAUGGGUCUGGUAGUUCAGAUACUUGAGGGGAUAGUGGAGGUUAGCACACCUCCCAUUCCUAGAAAUCUUCAAAAUCUUGUGGAGACCGACCAUGAGAGCAUAGUUUUCUUCCCUGAGCCAUCCUCAAGCCAGAGUUCACAAGCACGGAGUCCCACAUCCGAUACUUGAAUUUGUCUCAGGCUA